CGUGAUAAUAACUAAUAAAUACCUUAAAUUAAAUUUUUAAAAUACUGUAGUUCAUAUUCGAAGUUUGAGUUCUGAAGUACUUCGGCCAUUAUAUAUACUUAUUUAUGACUUCGACGUUCGUACUUUCGUUGUUUUAAUUAAUUACUUUAUAUAGUUUUAUUAUUAUUUAGCCAUGCAUAUAAUAUAAUAGUUAUAUAAAUAAUUCAAUAGUAUGAAAGCAUAGUAUAUUAUUAUUGAAAAAUAAUGACUUCAUUUAAAAAAUCAUUUGUGAAACCGUUUGCUCGUCCCAGUGAGUUAUAUACUGUCGAAGACUCUUAUUGGAAAAAACUUACUAGCCCUGUAUUGGUUAAAGAAUUUGGUCCCAUAGACUAUGUACAUUUUUCACGACGUGCACCCUAUCAUUUUGCAAUAUCAUGUUCUGCUCGAGUCCAAGUUUAUAAUCCUGUUACAAAAGUAGUAACUAAAAAUCUCAAUAAAUUUAAAGAAGCUGCUUAUGGCGCAACAUUUCGUUCAGAUGGCCAGUUAUUAUGUGCUGGUGGCGAGGAAUCUAUUGUGAGAUUAUUUGAAGUUAAUACAAAGUCUAUGCUGAGACAGUUCAGAGGACAUAAAGCUGCUGUUCACCGUACAUAUUUCACAAGAGACGGACAUCAUAUUGCAAGCUUUUCAGAUGACAAAACUGUUUCUUUAUGGGAUAUAAGUAGUCAACAAAUAAGUGGACAUUAUGAAGGUUAUCAUAAGGACUAUAUUAGAGCAGGAUGUGUUUCUCCAGUUUCUGAAAAUAUAGUUGUUUCUGGUGGCUAUGACAAACAAAUUAAUAUGUUCGAUUCAAGAACUAAAUCAGUAACUAUGUCAGUUGAUCACGAGUCACCUGUAGAAAGCUUAAUAUUUUUACCAUCUGGCAGCUUACUUAUAUCAGCUGGUGGUACUGAGGUUCGUAUAUGGGAUGUUUUAGCUGGUAAAUUAUUGGCUAAACUUACUCAAAACCAUAAGACUGUAACUGCGUUAUGCUUAGCUAAGCAAGGUACAUCCAUUGUAACUGCCUCAUUGGACAAACAUGUUAAGAUUUACAAUGUAUCAACAUUCCAACUGUCACAUGAUAUUACAUAUCCAAGUGCGGUACUGAGUAUUGAUAUAAGUAGAGAUGACAAAACAAUUGUAGCUGGAACUGUGGAUGGAAUUGUGAACAUAACUAAACGUGACACAUCAGUGAAACAUAACAAUGAAAAUAAAAAGAGGCAAGCUAGAGCCGCAGCAAUUGUCCAAUCUGAUGGUAUUGAUAUGAGUGUCCCAAUAAUGCAACCUGAUCAGAUGAGCAAGUUUGAUACUGCUCUAAGGAAAUUUAAUUAUAGCCAAGCUUUAGAUUUGGUCUUAGUUCAUGCGGUUGCAUUCAAAAAACCCCAUAUAACAGUUUAUGUGUUUGAUGAAUUAUGCAGGAGAAAUGGCUUAGUGCAAGCAAUAUCUGGUAGAAAUUCAAAACAAUUAGCAUUUUUAUUGAAUUUUAUUGUUCGCUAUAUUGGAGUUAGAAAAUUAUCUAAGACAUUGACACAUGUUGCUUCAACAGUUAUUGAUUGUUAUUGGGAUUCUUUUGAGACAUGUACCCUCGAAGUUCGUGCACUACUGACAAAAUUACAUACUGUUGUUGAAAAUGAAAUAUUACUAACUAAAAGAUUGUUAGCUAUUGAUGGGUUAGUUAAAAUGUUAAUUAUUAGUUCUGAAGUAUUACCUGAUGCUACGCAGACUACAAAAAUUGAUAAUAAAAUUGUUGUUAAAAAUUAACUGUAAGUGGUUUUUAUUUGUAUAUUAAUUUUUCAUUUAUGAACAUUUCCUGACAUUUGUAAUUUUAUGUUUUAAUGUUGAUGAAACCAAUAAAUUAAAUACAGCUAAUUUUACUCCAGACAAAUGUACACACCAACAUACCGUUUAUAAUUCUAAUAAUGUUAAAGAUUUUUGAUUUGUCUAUUUUACUUUUAUGGAAAGUAUCGAGUAUUUAGUAUUGCGAUACAUUUUUUCAGCCCAUGAUUGAGUAAUGAGUGUAUUAUAAAACUUUGUCAUCAAAAGAAUUACAUACAUUAAAAAGAUACUAUGAAACAUUAUUUUUUUUCUAGGCAACAAUUUAUAUUAAUAGGAAUUUACAUUUAGUUUAAACAUUUUUAAAUCUUCAUUAUUGUUAUUAUAGUGAUUAGUGUUGAAACUUUGAAAGUUAUUGUUGAUAAUUGAUGUCAUAAUCUGGUCCCACAUUUAUAUACUCUGCUAAUAUUAAUCACUUGUUGUACUGUACAGCCCA